UUAGCACAAACCAAAUAAAAGAAUAUAAUCUAUCCUAAAUAAAUUUUUAGAACCCAUUUUCUAACUUAUCAUUUUGAUUAAAUAUGUAUAACGGUAUUGGGUUAGCUACCGCAAGGGGAACGGGAACUAAUGGCUAUGUGCAAAAAAAUUUGUCUUUUAUCAAACGAGUUAGAGAAAAAAUUGAAUACAAGCCGCUUGCUAAAGAAAACGUAGAAAAUUUAUUGCUUAAAAAGGCGAAUCAAGAAAUAUUGCUUCAUGAUAACAAAAGAAAACUAGAAAUUAGAUGUGUCGAAAUGAAAGAACUCAUGGAAGAUCAAGGGUUUGAUGAAGAAGAAAUUGAAGAAAAAGUUUCUAUGUUCAGGAAAAUGUUGAUGCAAACGUUAGAUGAAGGCAAUAAAAGUGGUGUUUAUGCUAGUAAAGAUGAGAUUGUAGAUGAAGAUAAUAUGGGAAGGCCAAUUACUAAAAAUAGCCAUCAAUUAAUUAGAGCAAAUGAACAAAAGAAUAAACUAUUAAAGCAUGCAUUUGGUAUAAAGGAUGAUUAUAUUAUUGGAUCAGCAUUUAAUGUAUUAAAUAUAAAGAAGGACGAAAAAGAUAAAAUAGCACAUCUGGAGAAAAUAAAAUUGUCUACUGAUACUGCAAUGGAAUCACAACCUAAUAAAUCACCCCCACGUGCAAUAUCAGAGCCAAAAAUUAUCGCUCAUAUUAAAAAUAACCAGAAACACAAAAAUAAAGAAAUCCUAUCCAUACCCCAAGCAAUCUCCUCAUCAAACUCUGAAUCUAGCGAUUCAAGCUUAUCCACAGCAUCCCUUUCCUCGAAGGAAUUGAAGAAACGUAAACAUAAACACAAAAAACAUUCCAAACAUCACAAAUCAGAAAUUGAGGACCAAACAAAAAUAAAUUCCCGUCAACUCAAACAAGUUGAAAAAUCGAAGGAUCAGGACAAGAAGAAACACGAAGCCCGAGCUGAAGAUUUUUUCGGUGUUCCGCCUGAAACGAAUACAAAAAAUCGUAGAGAUGAAAAAUACGAGAAAAGUAAUAUCGAGGACACACAUUAUUUGGAUAAUAAAAAGGUAAGAAGUGAGAUUAGAAAAAUACCAAACGCAUCGGGAUUACAAGAUCAUGAUAUUUUUGGGCAUAAAAAUGACGCAACUGGGGAUGGAGACGCGAAUAGACCCAGCCUUAACACUCGUAGAAAAGACGUUAACUCUAGAGAUGAAAGGAUGAAUGAAUCAAAAUUACCAAUUAAAUAUAGAGAUGAAAAGAAAUAUUGUAGCGAUUCAUCUAACAAUGAUACUAAUAAUAACCGACGAAAUGAAAGUCGAUUAUUCGUCUCAAAAUACGACGGAAAACAAUGCGAAAAACGUCUGAAUCAUAGUAAAACUGUUCGAAAACACGAAAGGUCUCAUUCUAAUUCCAAACAUCGAUCAAAUAGGGGUGGAAAAUCGAAUAACUCAUCGAGUGACAGCUCUUCAGGUGAUGAUAAUGUCAAAAACGAAAAAAUGAAUAGAUCGAGAAACCAAAUAAUCAAACACGAUAAAAAAGGGGAUGGUAAAAAACGUACAAAUAAUAAGACCAAACGAAGGGAAUCAUCAUCUGAUAGUAGUUCUUAAUAAAACCAUCUUUAAAGUGGAUGGAAACUGAACUAGACAUAAAAAUCAAACCGCUGCAGAUUAAAAGAUUAGUGAAUAAAAAUAAUUAAUUAUUUAUUGACUAUGAAUAUAUUUAAUUAUAAUAUUAUAACUUAAAUAAUGUAAAGUUAUUCCAAAAAUGUAAAUAUAAAUUACAUUAUAUUUAACGAAUCAAAUUUAUAACAUGAUUACUCAUUUUAAGAUUUAUAUUAGUCAUAAACCAAUAAAGAAAAAUAAAAAGAUAUCUAGAUGCCUCUUAAAAACUCCUUGGAACAUGGUGAUAUUGUAAUAUUUUAAAAAAUAAUUUUACCUAUUUU